GUAUCGACACCCAAGGGUGGACUAGUGGAUGGGAUGAUGGAGGAUGAUACAACACGACAGCAUAUGACGAUGGAUCAACGGAUGGAUCCAUAAAACGAAUGGAUGAUGGCUGAUCGACCUGGGAGAGAGGGAUAACAAAGGCAAGAAAGAUCAAGUCCCCUCCUCGUCCUCUGGUGGCAAGAAGGCCAAGAAGAAGUGGUCCGCCAAGAAGGUUAAGGACAAGGCCAACAACAUGGUUGUCCUCGACAAGCCUACCUACGAACGUCUCUUCAAGGAAGUCCCCACCUACAAGCUCAUCUCCCAGUCUGUGUUGGUCGAUCGUCUUCGCUUGAACGGCUCGCUUGCCCGUGUUGCUAUUCGUGAGCUUGAAGCUCAGGGUCUCAUCAAGCCCGUCUUGCGCCACAACGCCCAGGUCAUCUACACCCGUGCUACCGGUGAUGAGAAGAAGGCCAAGGCUGGUGUCGAGUCUGAUGACGAGUAAAUGUUAUCUCUCGAUGAUUCAUAACUCACAACAAAUAACAAUAAAAAAGAGACGUUGUCAUCAAAAAUUA